AUGGCGAGUAGAAGACUCGAGGAGUCCAUGGGGGCUGUUCAGAUGGGGUUAGUCAGAAUGCUGAAAGGGUUCCAAAGCAAGGUUUUGCCACCCUUGAAUCCAAAGGUGGUUACAAAAGAAGAAGUAAAUCGAAUGCUGACACCCUCGGAGUUCCUGAAGGAAAUGUCGCUCACCACGGAGCAGAGACUGGCUAAGACACGUUUGAUGUGCCGACCACAGAUCAUCGAACUUUUAGAUAUGGGGGAAACAACACAUCAAAAGUUUUCAGGAAUUGACCUGGAUCAGGCAUUAUUCCAGCCUUUUCCAUCAGAAAUUGUAUUUCAGAACUAUACUCCUUGUGAAGUCUAUGAAGUUCCAUUGGUUUUGAGAAACAAUGACAAAAUUCCAAGGAUGGUGAAAGUUGUUGAAGAAAGUUCACCAUACUUUAAAGUAAUCAGCCCCAAAGACAUUGGCCACAAAGUAGCUCCAGGAGUGCCAUCCACAUUCCGAGUCCUCUUCACUCCGGAGGAGAACAAGGAUUAUGCCCAUAUGUUGACCUGCAUAACAGAAAGAGAAAAGUUUAUUGUACCCAUCAAAGCUAGAGGUGCACGAGCCAUCCUAGAUUUUCCUGACAAGCUGAAUUUUUCCACUUGCCCUGUCAAAUACAGCACGCAGAAGAUUCUGCUGGUACGAAACAUUGGCAACAAAGAUGCUGUGUUUCACAUCAAAACUCAUAGGCCUUUCUCGGUAGAGCCAUCUGUUGGAACUCUUAAUGUGGGAGAGUCCAUGCAACUGGAAGUGGACUUUGAGCCACAGACUGUAGGCAAUCACAGCAAAAGACUUAUUGUGCAUUAUGACACAGGUGAAAAAAUAUUUUUAUCUCUGUAUGGAGCUGCCAUAGACAUGAAUAUAAGACUGGACAGGAAUUCCUUGAUCAUUGAGAAAACCUACAUAUCUCUGACCAGCCAGCGAAAUAUAACUAUUCACAACCGCAGUAACAUCAUUGCACAUUUCCAGUGGAAGAUAUUUGCUACCCAGGAAGAAGAAGACAGAGAAAAGUAUAGGGUCUGUGAUGAUCUGAGCAAAGAGGAAAAGAAUGAGACUGAUGAGUUUCUUGAAGAGUGCAUUACUGAUCCUUCACUCCGAGAACGUCUUUCCAUUCUGUCCCGCACCUUUGAGAAUCAGAGAAAGCUGGUUCAGGAAGACAGCAUGCUCUUCUUGAAUGAUAUUUUCACUAUUGAGCCACUGGAAGGUGAUGUCUGGCCUAACUCAUCAGCUGAAAUCAUUGUGUACUUUAAUCCUCUGGAAGCCAAGCUCUAUCAGCAGACAGUUUACUGUGACAUUUCAGGCCGAGAGAUCCGUCUGCCCCUCCGAAUCAAAGGGGAAGGAAUGGGACCAAAGAUUCACUUCAAUUUUGAACUGCUGGACAUUGGAAAAGUUUUUGUUGGAUCUGUACAUUGUUAUGAGGCAAUACUAUCCAACAAAGGCAGCAUUGAUGCUCUCUUCAACGUGGUCCGUCCAACUUCGGCUUUGGGAGCCUGCUUUGUUUUCAGCCCCAAAGAAGGCAUCAUCGAACCAGGUGGAGUCCAGGCAGUCCAGAUAUCUUUCAGUUCUCCCAUUCUGGGACACUUUGAAGAAGAGUUCCUGGUCAGUGUCAAUGGGUCCCCUGAGCCUGUGAAAUUGACCAUUAGAGGCUGUGUCAUUGGACCUACCUUCCACUUUAAUGUUCCUGCUCUGCACUUUGGCAAUGUUUCCUUUGGUUUCCCUCAUACAUUGAUAUGUUCCCUCAAUAAUACCUCCUUGGUCCCCAUGACCUUCAAACUGCGUGUCCCUGGGGAUGGCGAUGGCCAUAAAAGCAUUUCAAGUUGUGAGCAGUAUUCAGACAACAAAAGACCAUUUUGGAACAAGGAUGAAAGACCCAUAAUGAAACCAAAAGAAUUCACCAUCACUCCCAGCAGUGGCACCAUUCGCUCCCAAGGAUUUGCUGCUAUCAGGGUGACCUUAUGCUCCAACACUGUGCAGAAAUAUGAGCUGGCCCUGGUGGUGGACGUGGAGGGCGUCGGGGAAGAAGUGCUGGCUCUCCUAAUCACAGCCAGGUGUAUUGUACCUACCCUCCACAUGGUGAACACAGAGGUGGACUUUGGGCGCUGUUUCCUGAAGUACCCCUAUGAGAAAACAGUCCAGCUUGUCAAUCAUGAUGACCUCCCAGGAUGCUAUGAGGUCCUGCCCCAGGUACAUGAAGACAUGCCUGCCGUGUUACUCUCCAGUCCCACACCCUGUGGAGUCAUCCCCCCCCAUAGCACCGUCCACAUACCUCUGGCCCUGGAGACACAGGUCACUGGGGAAUAUAGGUCCAUAGUUUACAUCUCAACCUUUGGGAGCCCGGACCCCCCUAUGGUAUGUCACUUAAAGAGCAUCGGAGAAGGCCCAGUUAUCUACAUUCAUCCCAGUCAAGUUGAUUUUGGCAAUAUCUACGUUCUAAAGGACUCCUCAAGGAUUCUCAACCUAUCUAACCAGUCCUUUAUCCCCGCAUUAUUUCGGGCACGCAUGGCACACAAAAAAUCCCUUUGGACGAUUGAACCCAGUGAAGGCAUGGUUCCCCCGGAAACUGAUUUUCAACUUACAUUGACAGCCAACCUGAAUGACAUACUGACAUUCAAAGACACAGUCAUUUUGAGCAUAGAAAAUAGCAACACCUACCGGAUUCCUGUCCAGGCUUCAGGAGUUGGUUCCACCAUUGUUUCAGAUAAACCCUUUGCUCCAGAACUCAAUUUGGGAGCACAUUUCAGCCUGGACACCUAUUAUUACUGCUUCAAGCUGACCAACAAGGGACGUCGGGUCCAACAGCUGUUCUGGAUGAACGAAGAUUUCUAUCCCCAGAAAAAGCUGAGCAAGAAGGGCCUGGCUAAGAAGGGACUUUCUAAGAGCCAGCCCCAACCCCAGCACUUCCACGAGCCUGGGGCUCCCCAGAGCCCCGUGUUUCAGAUCCACCCGGUCAGAAUGGAGCUGUACCCAGACCAGACGAUCGAUGUGAUACUUAAAGGCUAUUCUGCUACUUCCAGGAUAGUCAAAGAAAAGCUGGUGUGCCAUGCCAUCAUCGGGGCACAGAAGGGGAGGAGCGUAUUGAUGACUGUGAAUAUCAUCUGUGAGUUUAUAGCACCACUUAUCCAGCUCUCCACAAAGCAGCUCAUAUACUGCCUGGAGAAGAAGCCGAACACUGUCCUGGAACCUGACUACCAGCCCUUGGUCAUGAAGAACAUUUCCACCCUGCCUGUGAAUGUGUUGCUCUCCACAAGUGGACCCUUCUUUAUCUGCGAGACUGAUAAAUCUCCACUGCCAUUAACUCCUGAGCCUAUCAAACUGGAGACUGGUGGAGAAAAACACUUGCUGGUCAAAUUUGACCCUUCUUACAGAAAUGAUUUGAACAACUGGGUAGCAGAAGAAAUUCUAGCAAUCAAGUAUGUAGAGCACCCUCAAGUAGACAGACUGAGCCUGCGUGGAGAAGUGAACUACCCCAACCUCAGCUUUGAGACCAUGGAGCUGGAUUUUGGCUGCAUCCUGAACGAUACAGAAGUGAUCCGAUAUAUAACAAUCACCAACUGCAGCCCCUUGAUUGUGAAGUUCCGAUGGUUCUUCCUGGUAGACAACGAGGAAAAUCAGAUAAGGUUUGAGCCAUGGCCAAGGAAGCCCGACAGUGCCCCCCUGUCCCAGGUGGAAUCCAUCCCAGCGACCUCAGCUUCUGCCAGCUCUCCAGCAGUGCCAGUAACGGAGUCUCCCGAAAUGGAGCUAAAUGGUUUUGUUAAGACUAUCCUCGUGGAUGAAGAUGUCGGGCCUGAAGAAAGACAACACAAAAAAGCACAAACACCCAUCGUGAUCAUCUCCGACGAAUUAAAACUUAAUUCUGCUGAAACAGAAAGAAUAGACCCAAACCAGAACCAGGUGGAGUUUCAGGAACCCCCAUGGAGCUUUGAACGGGAAGAAAUGCUUCCCAUCGGGGUAGAAGAAGUGUUUGAUAUUCUGCCCCUGUACGGAGUGCUGCAGCCGCAUAGUAACCACCAGAUAUCAUUCACCUUCUACGGACACUGUGACAUCAUUGCACAGGCUAAAGCCCUGUGUGAAGUGGAAGGAGGGCCUACCUAUGAGAUAAUGCUGCGGGGAGAGGCAUCCCUGGUCAACUACUUCUUUGACACCAAGGAUAUUAACUAUGGAUUACAGCUGUUUGACCAUGUCACAGAGAAUGAAAUCACACUGAAGAACACUGGGAAAGUUGGCUUUGAGUUCAAGGUUCUGACAGACCACUUGUCUUCACCAGACAACCUUCUGCCCGGAGUGCCCCUAAUCGUGCCCAAGUCCGGUUUUAUCAGUUCACAUAAAGAGCAGGUAUUGAAGGUUUACUACUUACCUGGAGUACCUGAGGUCUUUCAUAGGAGUUUCCGGAUACAAAUUGCCCACCUGGACCCAGAAUAUAUUACUCUGCAUGGAGAGGGAAUCUUUCCCCGAAUCUGCCUCGAUCUCCCCAGGAAACUUCAAGGAAAUGAAAAGUAUGAAACCUUCUUGAAUCAGGCCAGAAAAAACCUAGGAAAAGACAACAACUGUGAAACACUUGAUCACUUAGAGAUAACUGAGGAAUUGCCUGAUGAUGAAUCUUCUGAGUUAAGUCCUCAGCUCCAGAUGGAAGUAGAGCGACUUAUAGUCCAAGGCUAUUCUAUAGAGCAUCAGAAAACAAUUAUCCCCGAUUCCACAGAUGACUUCAGCUAUCAGAGUCGUCGCAGACUAGCCAAAGUCCAGCUGCCAGAGUAUAUCCUGGACUUUGGCUACAUCAUCCUUGGGGACAUCCGAACACACAUCAUCAAGAUCACCAAUACCAGUCACUUCCCAGUGUCCUUCCACGCAGAAAAGCGCGCCCUUCAUGACACAGGUUUCAGUACUGAGUUAGAUCGUGUAAAAAAUCUGCCUUACUGUGAAACAGAAACAUUCGAAGUGAAAUUUGACCCACAAGGGGCCAAUCUCUCCAUUGGAAACAAAGAGGUCAUUCUACCCAUCAAGGUGGUUGGAGGGCCAACAGUUCACAUCUGUCUCCAAGCCAAGGUGACCAUUCCUGCUCUGACACUGUCUUGUGAAAAAGUGGAGUUUCCCACAAUACAAUGUGGACAGUGCCUCGUGGAAACUAUUCAGUUUUCCAAUAAUCUCCAAGUCCCUUGUGAAUGGUUUGUCCUGAGCCUUAAGCCAGUUAACAAGCUGGAGAAACACAUGCCAAAGUACUUGAGACAGAAACUACGUGCUGAAUUAAAGCCAAAGACACGAAUCUUUGAGAUCCAACCCACUUCUGGGGUCUUGGAUCCUGGUGAGAGGUCCAACGUGCAAGUGAAAUUCAUGCCUAAAGAAGAGAAACUCUACAGCCAAACCCUGGUUUUCCAGAUUGCCCAGAGUCCUCAGAAGCUUACGCUGCUGGCACAGGGGCAAGGUCUAGAGCCACGCUUGGAAUUCACUCCCUCAGUUCUGGAGCUGGGGCCCCUGUUGCCUUAUGCACCUGGAGACGAGGCUGAGGUGGUGGUGAAGAAUCCCUGCAACUUUCCCAUUGAGUUUUACUCCUUAGAAUUUGACCAGCAGUAUCUCCUUGAAGAGAAGAUCUUGCGAAUGCUGAAGGGCUACGAUUCCUACAACACCCUGCUGCUGCCUCCCCGCUUUCCGGGGGAAAAGCUACCCCCCGAGGUUUAUGAGUACUUUAAGGAGAUGAAGCGGUCAAAAGAGGAGCAGAUGAAGGCGAAGUUUCUGGAGAGUCUGGCCCAGGAAAAUGAAGAGGAAGAUAUACCCUUAUCAGAACAAGGCACCUCUGCCAGUACGAAGAGGACUUCACUGAGCCAAGGGAUCUCUGUCACGUCCAACCUGGAAGAGAGGCACAUCCCCAUGGUCGAGUCUAAGACCUACCCAGAUGAAGAUGAGGAUGAGGAAAGCCUGGAAAAAAUAAUGUUUCAAACUGACAAGUUACAGAGCAUUGACAGCCACUCGACAGAAGUUGGAGAAGUAGAGAACAACCCAGUGAGCAAGGCAAUCGCUCGCCACCUGGGCAUUGAUAUUUCUGCAGAAGGUCGCAUGGCCAAGAACAGGAAGGGCAUUGCCAUUAUCAUCCAUGGGACGCCCUUGUCAGGGAAGUCAGCCACAGCAAUCAGCAUGGCCAGAUACUACAACGCAACCUGCUUGAACAUCGACUCCAUUGUGCUUGAAGCCAUCUCCGAUGGCAACAACAUCCCGGGGAUCCGGGCCCGUGAGCUCUGUAUCAGGGCUGCCAUAGAGCAGUCCAUGAAGGAAGAAGAGUCAGCCCACGAGGCUCCUUCAGGCCAAACUGCUUUGGGACAAACACGUCUGAGCAGUGAAACUCUGGGCAAGUUGACUUCAGAAUCUACCCUAUCCCCUGAAAUAAAACCAGCGAAGACCGUGCGUGGGAGCAUGAUUAUUGCCAAAAGCAAGGCGGAGAGCCACGGCUCUGGGUCUCAGAAGCAGCACCACCAGCACGCAUCCGAAACACCACAGAUUUCCUCCAGCCCUCUCCCUUCGGGGCCCACACAGCGCCGGCUCAGUGUCAGCGCCAGUAUCGGAGGUGAGACUGGGCUCAUGAGCUGUGUUCUCCCUGAGGACCUAUUUACCCAGAUCCUGGCUGAUCGCAUACAGCUGAGUGACUGCUUCCGUGGAGUGGUGUUUGAUAGCGUUGAGACCCUCUUUGCUCGGAACAUGACUACAGCUCUCCUCUGCCUGCUAAAGGCCAUCGGCAGCCGGGAGCACAUCUAUGUUAUCAACAUGGCCCAGGAUUACACACUCAUGAAGGCCCAGGAGAAAGCAAAAAAGGAGCAAGAGGAGAGCAAACGCAGGGAGGCAAUUGAGAAAGAGAAGGAGCGUCUCCAAAAUAUGGACGAGGAAGAAUAUGACGCCAUGACAGAGGAGGAGAAAAUUGUGUUCAAUCGAGAGGUUCAGCAGGCCCUCCGGGAAAGGAAGAAGAGGGAGCUGGAGAGGCUGGCAAGGGAGAUGCAUGAAAAGAAGUUACAGCAGGAGCUUGAGCGGCAAAAGGAAGAAGAUGAGCUAAAACGGAAGGUCAAAAGGCCGAAGCAAGGACCAGUAAAGGAGGAACCUCCUACAAAAAAAUCUCAAACAGUAAACCGGCAGACUCUUACUUUUACCAAAGUAGAGGUCAAGAUGGAUGCCGUAGAAAGGAAAGUAUCUGUUAGGGAACAGUUAGCUGAGAAGGAGGAACUGAGCAAGAAGAAAAGGAACCAACUAUCAGAGAGCCACAUGCUUGGGUUGCCCCUUGUCCAGGAACCAGAGGACAGUGAGGGGGACCUCCUGAAGGACACUGACAAGUUACUGGCCCAGAGGUUUAAGACCUAUGAUCUGACUCUCAAAGAUGUUCAGAACAUCCUCACGUACUGGGACCGGAAGCAAGGCAUUCUAGUGCAACACAUAGGCUCCGAGGACAUGCCCCAUGAGCCUGAUGACCAGCGCCAGGUUCCUUCGAGUGGGCGCCGAGGCCGCAAGGACCGAGAGAGGGAGCGUGCAGAGAAGGAGAGAGCUGAGAAGGAGCGCCAGGAGCGGGAAAAGGCCGAGAGGGAGCGUCUGGAGAAGCUCCGGGCACUGGAGGAGCGGAGCGAUGGAGGAGAGGGUGACGGGGAGGAGGACCACGAGGGGAAGAAGGAUCUAGGCGUGCCAUUCAUAAACAUCCAGACACCCGACAUGGAAGGCUUGAGCUGGAAGCAGGCCCUGGAGAAUGACAGGCUUCCCAAGGGGGAUCAGAUCCUGGACAUCUUGGGUCUGGGUUCCUCUGGCCCACCCAUCCCUCCUCCGGCCUUAUUCUCAAUCAUCUCCUUCCCCAUGAAGCGGCUGCCUCUGGCCACAACAGAAAUCCUGAAGCAUUUUGUGUUUGUGAGCCCACCAUCUGAAGAGCUCCCCCUGCUGGAGGAGAAAAGAGAAGGAGAAGCAGAACCAGAGAUUUCAAGCACCAUGGGCUCUGUGAAGGCCCAGGAGGAGCAGACCACCUCCUCUAAGGGAAGCAGACAGAAACUGAAAGAAAAGGCAGAUCAGGCCCGAGACACUCAGAAGGACAAACGUCGCAUGGCCUUCAACAGGAAGGUCCUUUCUGGGGCAAUGUCUGGAGCCAUUGCCCCCCUGUCAGACAUGGACCAGAGCAGCUUCUCUGGGCAGUUCUCUCAGGAGAAAUUCAUCAGGCUGAACCAUUUCCGGUGGAUCGUGCCAGCCAACAGUGAGGUGACCUUGCGAUUACACUUCUCUUCUGCUGACAUUGGGACCUUUGACCAGACGUUUAACUUUGAGAUCCUUGGGACUCACCGCCAGUACCAGCUUUACUGCCGGGGUGUGUGCAGUUAUCCAUACAUCUGCCAAGACCCAAAAGUGGUAUUUCCUCAGUGGAAGGUGGACAUGAAGACAGAUGAGGUCAUCUUUAAGAAGCAUAUUAUGAGCAUGGAGAAGUUUUACUUUGGGCCACUGCUUUGUGGAAAAUCAAGAGAUAAGUACAAGUCAUCCUUGUUCCCAGGCAACAUGGAAACAUUGACAAUCCUGAACAAUUCACCAAUGGUCGCAGAGGUGUUCUUCUGUUUUCAGAAUGAUGUCAAAGCAAACACCUACUUCCUGGAGCCCAUCAGCAUGAUUCUGAAACCCAAUGAGAAGCAGAUGCUGAACAUAUGGGCCUACCCUACUGCAGUUGGUGUCUUUGAAGACUGCAUUGUCUGCUGCAUCAAGGAGAACACAGAGCCAACGGUCUUCAAAUUAAGCUGCCAAGGGGUCCGCCCAGAACUAGAGCUGGAACCCAGGCAAUUGCAUUUUGACCGACUCUUGCUGCACAGAAAAGAAUCCAAGGUAGUUCUCCUCCGCAACAUCACACCCCUGCCUGUGGCCUGGCGGAUCACCAGCCUGGAGCACCUGGGCGAUGACUUCACUGUGUCCACCAUGCAGGGGUCCAUCCCCCCCAAGGCUGAGUACAGCCUGCAGAUACACUUCCAGCCCUCCAAACCUGUCAACAUCAAGAGGGUGAUCCGGUUGGAGGUUUUAGAUGCAGACAAUCUUGUUGGUAUUGUUCAGAUUGAAAACAUCUUGAUCUUCGCAGAGUCUUAUGACGUUGCCUUGGACAUCACUUUCCCCAAAGGAGCUGAAGGAGGCCUUGAUUUCGGGAUUGUGAAGGUCAUGGAAGAGGUGAAGCAGCCCCUGCAGCUGAAGAACCGUGGAAAAUAUGAGAUCAUGUUCAGCUUUUCCGUGGACUCCUUAGGGAUUUUGCCAACCAGCGUAAAUUCCAUGAUCUCAUUUGUACCCAAGAAAGGCUCACUGACCGCAAUGGAAAAGCCCACAAAUGUCCAAGUGGUAUUUCGUGCAAAAAAGGAAGUAAAGAUUGAGUACCAGCCAGUUCUGCGCUGUCAGAUUAUUGAGCCCAAUAUCGCAGAAGGGGGUGAAAUCAUUGCCAGCAUCCCAAUUAAGUGUUCUGUGAAUGCAGUGUACUCCAAAUAUAACAUCAGCCCCUCUUCCGUCAUCAACUUUGGGGCUUUGAUCUGUGGCACUCGGAGAAGCAUCACCUUCACCAUAGAAAAUCAAGGUGUUACUGACUUCAAGUACGCCCUUUAUAGGCUGACGGGGGAAAGCCCCAUUCAUCAAAAGAAAAUAACCAGCCAUGUUAGACAUGCAAGAUCCCGGGAAAGCUUCUACAAGACAGGCCCUUCCAAAGCAACCAAGUUCUCUGAUUCUGUUCAGAAAGAUGUAAACGUCACAAACCAGGCUCGCUUCACCCAUGGCAUGUUUACCGUGUACCCUGGGUUCGGCUCCAUCCCUUCCGGAGGAAUGCAGGUUAUCACUGUCGACUGCGUAGCUGACCCUGUGGGAAGGUGUGAGGAAUUCAUAGCUAUCGAUAUAUCUGACCGAGACCCAAGAGAUCAGCCUGCUGGUAUUCCUUACAGCCUGUUGGCAGAAGCCUGUUUACCAGCCUUCGUGACUGACAACAAUGCCUUGAUAUUUGAGGAGCACAAGAUCUGUAGCAGCGCUAACCUGCUCAAUGUCCUACAGACCAUAGAGAGUGGGGGGCUGUUUGUGGAGGAUGAGAACAAGUUCAUUUUCUGCAACGUCCUGGUGGGUCAUCAGGCCAAGGCUCGGUUCAAGAUCAGCAAUGUGGGAAAGAUCGCCUGUGAUGUGAACAUUGUAGUUAAGCCCAUCUCCAACAAGCUCAUUGCCCGAAUUGUUGACAUUUUUGAUGUGGAACCCAGUAAGAUGUGUGUUGCCAGCCACUCACAUGCCUUUGCCACGGUGACCUUCACCCCGCAGACCAUGCAGACCUACCAGUGUAUCUUCGAGGCUACCUUGGAUGGCUUGCCUAGCAUUCUGACCAAGAACCGAAGCCUUGUGUUUGAUAUCGUCGGGGAAGGGAACCUCCCGCGGGUGACAGUAGUGCGGCCAGUUCUCUACAACCAGUAUGGAAACCCCUUGCUCCUCUUUAAGAGGCUUCUGCUUGGUCAGUCAGAGAAGCUGCCUCUCAUCCUCAAGAACAAUGGCACCAUCCCUGCCCAGCUGCAUGUUGACCUGAGGGACCAACUAGGAGUCUUCUCCCUGAAAGGGUGGCCCACCACCUCCUACAUCUAUAUCACAGAGGAAAACAAACCAAAUGCCAAAGAAAAGAAAGCUCAUACGGCCUCCCUGGUUGUUCUUCCUGGAGACACAACUGGGUUUGAUGUCAUUUUCCAGUCCCAAAAGGUUGGGCGAAUGACAGGCACCAUCCACUUGUCAGUGAUCAAUAAUCAGUAUGAGGAGACGAACAUCCACCUGGUGGGAGAGGGUUAUGAGGAUGACAUCACCUUGGGCAACAUCCAUGGGCUGGUGGUUUCCAGCAGCCCUGAGGCCCCAGAGAUCUCUGAGGUCAUUGAGGAAAAUACUAUGGAAGACUUGAUAACAGCGGCUCUGGUGGACCACAUCCAGUUUGGGGACUGCCACAUCGGGAGCAGCUAUAAUGUGAGCUUCACAAUCACUAAUCACAGCCAAGUGAAUAUCAUACGGUUUGAAUGGCCCCUUUUAGCUACAGUUUGCUUUUCCCCACAGAUUGGCCACCUUCACCCUGGGUGUGCUAAAGACAUAGUAGUGACCAUGAAGUCAGAAGUGCCUAUCAAUCUGAAGAAGAUGGGGGUCACGUGCAAGCUCUCCAGGAUCAUGUUUCAGCUCCCUACAGACCAAGUCCCUGAUUGGGAUGACCGCAUGCGCACAGUCAAGUGGGUGGAUGUGCUCAGAAACACACCUGGAACUUUAGCUGCAAAACGAAAGGUGAUAGAAACAGAUCCUGAGCCUGCUCACUCAGUAGUAGAAGAAAACUACCGAGAAUUGCAUCUUCAGAUCAGUGCCAAUGUGAAUUUUGCUUCAUAUCAAUGCCAAACAAGCAACGUGCACUUUAAAGAAACACUGGUUUACCAGACCCGAGUGUUUGAGCUUGAACUGACUAAUUCAGGAAAUGUGCAGCUGGAAUUCAACUGGGUCUCAGAAGAGACUGCAAAAGCUGUCAGCUUUGCAAUGCCAGAUAACCAAGGUUCUUCUCAAAAAGACCAGUUUAGCCAGGGCACACUGCACACGAUCAGCACUCUGGACAGCGCCACGGACCAAGGGAAUGAAGUUCCCCCGCCCUUCUUUAUGGAACCCGCCUCAGGCGUUGUACCUGUGGGCAAGAGUCAGAAGCUCAAAGUAAAAUUCUCCCCGCUGGAAGUUGGAGACUUCGAGAGCAAUCUCUUCUGCCAGAUUCCCAACCUGCCACCUGGAGAGCAAGGCCCAGUCCUAUCAGCAAAAGGACGGAGCCUUUUACCCGUCUGCCAUUUUGACCUAAAGCACUCAGAUUACAUCAGUGGUCAUCGACGCAACCCAGAUCUCCGAGGACCUUCUGGUGCAGCUCUGGAUUCAAACACCCGAGUGAUUGAGUUCACCAGUGUGGGCAUAGGAGGGAAGAAUAUCCGGACUUUUACAAUCCUGAACCCAACUAAUAGCACCUACUCCUUCUCUUGGAUCUCUGAAGAAAUUGAAAGUCUCCAGAACCCUCCAGCCUUCACAUGCCUUACAGAGAAGGGUUUCAUCCACCCUGAAAAGAAAGCGGAGAUUGUUUUCCAGUUCACGCCUUUCCAUCUGGACAUCACAGAAGCAUUCUGGACUUUCUUAAUCCCUGAACAUAACAUCACAGUCCCUUUCCUACUGGUAGGAAAAGCCACCGACCCUCUCAUCAAUCUGGACAAGUCACACCUCAACUUCAGUUGUCUCCUCAUUGGCAGAGAAGCCAGAGAGACCGUGCACAUCAUCAACAAGGAGGAGCAGGGGUUCCAUUUUGCCUUCCAGGACAACUCCCGAUAUUCUGAAGGUUUCAGCAACAGCCUGGUCAUAUGUCCCGUGGAAGGCUGGAUCCCACCACUGUCCAGGUUCCCAAUUGAUAUUUUCUUCACACCAAAGCAGGAAGGAGAUGUGAACUUUAAUUUGAUCUGCAAUGUGAAAAAGAAAGCCCACCCUCUGACCUUAAAUGUCAAGGCUGAGGGCUACACUAUGAAUGCAGAGGUCAAGUGCAAGGACAGGACUGGCUUGAUCACUGUCCUGACUCCCAACCAGACUACCAUUAUCAACUUCUAUGAAGUGGAGUUGAAUGAAUGUGUUCAGUGUGAAUUCAGCUUUAUCAACACUGGAAAGUUCAGCUUUAGCUUCCAGGCAGAGCUUUCUGGCCCCAAAGCCCUGCUGCAGUACUUGGACUUUUCACCCAUUGAUGGCAGUGUGGACGUGGGGCAGACUGUGCACACCACCUUGUCUUUCCAACCAUUUAAGAAGUGUGUCUUGAAGGGCCUGGAACUCAGAAUCAAGGUCAGCCACGGCCCAACAUUUACAUGCAGCAUCUCAGGCUGUGCUGUGAGCCCAGCCGUUCAUUUCUCCUUCACCAGCUACAACUUUGGGACCUGCUUCAUCUACCAAGCUGGGAUGCCCCCGUACAAACAAAUCUUGGCUGUCACCAACAAGGAAGAAACACCCAUGAGCUUAGACUGUCUAUACACCAACACAACGUACCUUGAGGUAAACUUCCGUGUCGAUGUGAUAAAGCCAGGGAAGACACUGGAGAUUCCAAUCAUCUUUUAUCCUCAAGAAAGUAUCAAUUACCAAGAACUCAUCCCCUUUGAAAUCAAUGGGCUCUCACAACAAGUAAUUGAAAUCAAAGGGAAAGGCACAGAAAUGAAGAUUUCAGUCCUAGAUCCAGCUAAUAGAAUUGUGAAGUUAGGAGCUGUCCUGCCAGGACAGGUUGUGAAAAAAACGGUUUCCGUCAUGAACAACAGCCACGCCCCACUCACAUUUAGCCAGUCAGCCCUGUUCUCGAUUCCAGAACUCCAGGAACCCAAGGUCAUCACCCUAAUACCAUUCUACAGCAUCUCCCUGAAGCCCAAAGAGUCCUGUAAGCUGGAAGUCAUCUUUGCCCCGAAGAAACGCAUCCCUCCCUUCUCCGAGGAGGUGUUCAUGGAAUGCAUGGGGCUCCUGCGUCCCCUCUUCCUCCUUAGCGGCUGCUGCCAGGCCCUGGAGAUCUCCCUGGACCAGGAGCAUCUCCCCUUCGGGCCAGUCGUGUAUCAGACACAAGCCACGCGUCGCAUCCUUAUGUUGAACACUGGCGACGUGGGUGCAAGGUUUAAAUGGGAUGUCAAAAAAUUUGAGCCCCAUUUCUCCAUCAGCCCAGAAGAAGGCUAUAUCACUGCAGGCAUGGAAGUUUCUUUUGAAGUGACCUACCAUCCCACUGAGGUGGGCAAGGAGAGUCUCUAUAAAAACUUGCUCUGCUUCAUCCAAGGAGGCAGUCCUCUGAACCUAACCCUGUCUGGAGUCUGCGUGGGACCACCUUCAGUAAGAGAGGUGGUGAAUUUCACCUGCCAGGUACGCUCCAAACAUACACAGACCAUCAUGCUUUCAAACCGCACCAACCAGACCUGGAAUCUGCACCCCAUCUUUGAGGGCGAGCACUGGGAGGGGCCGGAGUUCAUCACCCUGGAGCCCCAUCAGCAAAACAAGCCCUAUGAGAUUACCUACAGACCCCGCACCAUGAACUUGGAGAACCGCAAACAUCAGGGCACCCUCUUCUUCCCCCUCCCAGAUGGGACUGGCUGGCUGUAUAUGCUGAAUGGGACUUCUGAGCUCCCCAAAGCCGUGGCCAAUAUCUACCGCGAAAUACCAUGUAAGACACCCUAUGUUGAACUCCUGCCAAUCACCAACUGGCUUAACAAGCCCCAGAGAUUCCGGGUCAUUGUGGAAAUGGUGAAACCAGAAAAGCCAGACCUUAGCAUUACCUUAAAAGGCCUUGAUUAUAUUGAUGUACUGUCUGGCUCCAAGAAAGACUACAAGCUGAACUUCUUUUCCCACAAGGAGGGACUCUACAGUGCAAAGGUGAUCUUCCGAAACGAGGUGACCAGUGAGUUUUUAUACUACAUGGUGAGUUUCAGGGUCAUCCCUUCCGGCGUCAUCAAAACCAUUGAGAUGGUGAGCCCCGUCCGGCAGAGCACAUCAGCCUCCAUCAAGGUGGAGAACCCCCUGCCCUAUACGGUGACCUUCUCCAUGGAAUGCAGGGUCCCUGACAUCAGCCUGCCCACCCAGUUUGUGGUGCCUGCCAACUCUGAGGGCACAUUCUCAUUCGAAUUCCAGCCCCUGAGAGCUGGAGAAACCUUUGGGAGACUAACACUGCACAAUGGUGAUUUGGGUUACUACCUGUAUGAGCUCAAUUUGAAGGCCACGCCAGCACUGCCUGAAAAGCCCAUCCACUUCCAGACUGUUCUUGGCAGCGGUCAGAGCAUCUUUGCCAAGUUUACCAAUUACACCCGGCAGAAGACAGAAUACUACUGCAGGACUGACUGUCAGGACUUCCACACGGAAAAGGUCAUUAGCGCUGCCCCAGGGGCUCAGGGAGGAAGUGAAGUCAGCGUGGAAGUCUAUUUUGAGCCCAGCCACCUGGGUGAGACCAAGGGCAUCCUGAUGCUGUCGUCGAUUGCAGGCGGGGAGUAUAUUAUCCCUCUCUUUGGAGUGGCUCUGCCCCCCAAGCCUCAGGGUCCCUUCCUGAUCCGGGCCGGGUACAACAUAGUCAUCCCUUUCAAGAACAUUUUCUAUCAUGUGGUCACUUUCUCCGUCAUUGUGGAGAACCCAGCCUUCUCUGUUCGCGCUUUAGACUCUGUACGAUCCAAGAAGAUCAAUAAUAUCACAGUCUCUUUUGAAGGAAAUCCAUCUGGCAGCAAAACACCCAUCACCAGCAAGCUGAUCGUGUCCUGUCCUCCCGGUGAAGGCAGCGAAACAGGCAUUAAGUGGGUUUAUUACCUGAAGGGGAUCACCCCUUAGUGGUAACUAAGGUCACUUACAUCAGUGAAAAGUCAUUUACUCAGCCUUAAUAUCUAUGUAUUAUUUACCCUGGUGAAGCACAGAGAAAAUAUCAGAAUUCUAUAGGCACUGUUUAAUCUCCUCAUUCAAUUAUAAGGGCACUUAUUUCCAUAUUAUAUUCAUUCCAAAUAUAUAUAUAUGAAAUACAUAUAUAUUCCAUAUUAAUCAUGGUAAUUACAAACAACAGGGCUAUACUGUACUUUGCAAAGGCAAAUCUCUGAAUUUAGUUUCUAAUCGUAAUCCCAAAGCUCAAAUAAUAAUCCCCAUUUUUAAUAAGAUGACACAGAUAUGACAUUCAUGACCUCCUGUCAUAUAGCACUUAGCAGUACAUGACACUGGGGCACCACAGUUGCUUUUUAAAAUCCAAAGUGGCUUCAAGAGCCCUUAGAUAUGAUUCUAUUUUGAUAUGAUCUUUUAUUCUGCUUUCACAUAAAAGCCAAAUGAAUCACCAUUUUCACAAUGAUAACAGAUAACACUUGCACCAUCAUUGCAGGGGCAAAGGCUGGGGGUGCUCCUUCCGUCUCUGAAUCCUGUUUCCAUUAUACACAAGAAAGUUCUCACUGAAAGCCAGGUCCUGGAGAAACGCUGAGACCCCAGCUUCCCACCCCCAUCCUCAGCUCUGUGCAUAGCAGUCAGCCUGUAGCAUGGUGAUUCUCUACCCAUCUGCACAUCAGAAUCAGCCGGUUCUGGUCCACACUCUCUCACCCAAAUUCUGACAUAAUCAGCCUGGGGAGGGAUGUGGACAUCAUUUUCUUUUUCAAGCUUGAACAGCAGAGUGGAGGACCAGUGCCACAGAUCAUAUGCCCAUCUGGCCCUUGGUGCAGCAACUGAGUCAGGAAUCUACUUCCAGGGGAGGAACACAUCCUAAUUUGAUAUGUUUAAACUGCAGCCGUUUUGUAUGCACAUCAAGGCUGAAGUCUAAGUCAGUGCCUUUCUUAAGAGGGAGAGUGCUAGGGAGGAGUGGGAUGCCUGUCUUAGCCCAGGCUCUGGCUCUGGUCCUUCAAUGUAUAUUAAUAGAACCACUUACCUGUUGGAGCCACCUGAUGAAAUAAAGAUGAUUGCAGACUG